AUGGCUCUCGAUUUUGAGGAGGAGCAUACAUUCCAAAUAGAAAAGGUGUCGCCGAUAUGGCUUAUCACGGCUCUCUGCGUAGUUCCGUUCGGAGUCUACUAUCUAUUAAAUUUUCUGAGCCCACUCGUUCACAGAUUGACGGCUAUGACGAUAUCUGAGAUUUAUGUAUAUCCGAUCAAAUCGUUGAGAGCAGUCAAAGUCAACGAGGCCGCUGCGACCAAAUAUGGCUUUAAAUACGACCGUUCCUUCAUUCUUCUGGAGAAAACGGCCGAUGGUUACAAAAACAUGCUGGUUUCUCGUGUUCCAGAAAUGACGCAAUUUCUGCAAGAGAUGGACAACGACAACGGCACUUUGACUAUCAAGUACCGAGCUUUUGGAGAUGCCGACAAGGCAAAGUCAUUAACGAUACCACUUGUACCCGAUGCCGAAAAACUGGAGCGAUUCGAGGUCACACUGCACUCUAGUGCCACGUCUGGAUUCAAAAUGCCGGAAAAGUACAGCGCAUGGUUUUCCGAAUGCUUCGGCUACGAGGUUGUCCUCGUAUAUCUAGGCGACAGCAAGCGAGCCGUGCUGUUUCAAAACAUGCAGCCCGUCGAGCCCGACCCAAUGACUCGCUUCCUGAAGAAACAUAUUCCCUUUGCAGGCUCGUACGUAGAUAAGAUCAUGGGCCUUCAUCAGCAAGACCAAUGGAAGAUUGGGUUCGCCGAUUGUGCCCCGUAUCUCAUUGCGUCUCAGACAUCGCUUGAAGAUGUCUCCUCGCGGCUUCCGGAGGGUGUAGAGAUGGACAUUACAAAGUUCCGGCCCAACAUCGUUAUCAAAGGUGCCUUUGAAGCGUAUCAAGAGGACUAUUGGGGCAAGAUCAAGAUCAACAACAAGGCGGAGAUGAUUAUGGCGCAUAAUUGCGUGAGGUGUAAGAGUGUUAAUGUCGAUUAUGAAACGGGGAAGGCGGGCACUGGUCCAACCGGAGAGGUCUUGAAGAAGCUGCAGAAGGAUCGAAGAAUCGACAUUGGUUCGAAGUGGAGUCCAGUAUUCGGGAGAUACACUUUCUGGGAUCCAAAAUAUCCGACUCAGGCGAUCAAGGUUGGAGACAGGGUCAACGUGUCCAAGGUCAAUGAGGGAUUGACUGUGUGGAGUUGGCCUGGCCUUUGA